AUGUAUCAAAACACACAGCAGAACCAGGCGCGGCCAUUCCAGGUCCCCCCGCCGCCGCCUAUGUCGCCUCCCGUUGCUGGCCAACCUGGACAACUAAAUAAUAUGUUAAAUAUCCCCCCUCCGCCGCCCAGGUACCCGAGUGCACCGACGACGGCUGGUGGCGUUGUGCUUCCACCACCUCCCGGCCCUCCGCCCAAUAGCGCCCUAGGACCUCAACCACCAUGGCAAGCUAGUUGGGGACGCGCAUACAAUGGGCAACCUGGCUUCGCGAUUCCACCUCCGCCCGUUGGUGGUCCCGUGCCGGCCUAUAACCCGCAACUCCAUUCCCAGGCUUCGAAUGGAACCUUGUCGAUUCCCCCUCCCCCGCCAGCGCCGGUCGAACUUAUGUCCAACACGUAUAGAGCCGGAAAUGAUAAUACCGAAGCGAUGGUAUCUGCGACGUAUAUUCCUGGUGGGGAUACGUACGGAGAAGGUGUUGGUAUACCUGGUUUCUUCCCUGAGGACAUGGGGACGCAAUCGACGACUACACAAAGCUCGUGGCCCACAACCAGCCAGACAAGUAAUACCAAUACUUUGAGUACUACUAUGACCGACGACACCAAUCGCGGAUUACUCUACGCUAAUGCAUUCCAUAACCGGAUGACAUCCACUACUUCGAACGCGACCGCCAGCCACUCAGAACUCUCUCCUGAGCUUAUAGCUAAAUGGCCAUUAGACCAUGUACUGUUAUGGCUGGCUGCCAAUCACUUUUCUCGAGAAUGGCAGGAGACUUUCAGGAAUCUUAAUAUCCACGGAGCGCAGUUUCUCGAGCUUGGUAGUCAGAAAGGUGGUCGAGGAAAUUUCGGAAUGAUGCACCAGCUUGUGUACCCGAGAUUAGCACAAGAGUGUGUCCAUAAUAAUACGGCGUGGGAUCAGCCUCGAGAAAGGGAAGAGGGAAAACGGAUGCGCCGCCUUAUACGGAGCAUAGUUACUGGGAAACCAGUUGACAGCGCGAAAUCUUUACCUUCUCACGCCAGCAAGGAAUCCCUUGCUGGCACUUACGCCCAGAGUGCUGGUACAGAUGUAGAUUCUCCAAAUACCCCUAUUCGGUUAGGCUCUAGUACUAGAGGAUUUUCGCAAACGCGAUCUACGACUAUGCCGACUCUCAACAACACAAUGAGUUCGGAUUCAAACCAUCGUUCUAUACUGAAGAAUAUUGAUAUUGAAAGUAGCCGGAAGUUAAGUCCCGGCCUAAGCGAGCACGGAGAUGGAAACUAUCGGGCAUCUCUACGGAGCGAUAGCCCCGGAUCAAGCCCCAAACUAUCAAGCUCAUUUGCACAGCAGCCUUCAUCGGGGAGCCUAUCGCCGUCGGCCAGAUUUCAUCACAGGUCCCGAAACAGUACCGAUUCUCUUUCUUCGAAUGCAGCGAGAUAUGGUUCCGGUGUGUCUCCCGAGGUCGGUCACAUGUGGCGGAAUGGUAUGAGUGGAAUUGAGGAUAUGAUUCACGCCAGUCGCAAUGAUCGACGUCACAAUGCUGAUGGGAAACAUGCAGAAUCUGGUGACAGGCCUGCUUCAGCCGAACCAUCUUCAGCAAAGGAUAAUAAGAGCUUUUUAGGUUUCUUGAAGCGAAGAAAUAAGCCAAAGGAAGACGGCUCUUUUCCGUCGCCGGACGAUGUAGAAUCGCCUACGAGUCCACAUCUGCUAAGGUCGAGGUUCGGAACUCCUCCACCUGAAGCAGUUCAAGAUUCUGCACCGACGUUCAGACGCAAUAAAAAUGGGCCAAGGGUAUUUAUACUUCUUACGCUGGAUAGGUGGAAUUACCGCCUGUGCGACGUUACCGAUUGUGACACCGCUGCCGAUUUGCGUGCCAGUAUUUGUAUGAGCCUUGGGCUUUCAGAUCCUAAGGGAUUCAAAAUUUAUUUAACAGAACUAGGACGAGAAACACAUGACGAAGCACUGGAAGACCAAAGUCUAUGGAUUCAUAAGCGCAAUAAGGGCGAUGCGAACGGCUCCCUCAAGUUUUUCAUAAAGCUCAAUACAGCCGGGGAAGGUAACGGUAAUAUUCCAGAGGUGGUUCCAUCGAUUCAAAUGACGUCCGAUUCGAACAUUAACGAAGACGCUUACGCUCAUCUCAAUGGCCGUACGAGAUCCAUUUCAUCACCCCCCUCGUCGAGAACCAACACAAUGUCUACUGGUUCCAAGCCAGCCGAUCCAGAGUUAGCCGCCAAGGCUGUCGAAUACCGUGCCGAAGUCGAAAAGCAGCAAGCCGCAUAUCUUGCUAAACGAAGGCAAGUUCUGAAGGAAACGUCACCCCAAGAGAACUCUCCCCAAACAGGAAUUAUCGGUAGGAAUGUGGACUUUGACCAUCCGCGCGUCUCGCCGUUUGAGGAGAAAAAGCCAGACCUCUUCCCGCAAAGGAAAGCACCGGCGCCACCAGGCGUGGAGACGGCCACACUAAUAAAGGCAAAUUCGUUAAGCAGGAAAUCCGGCCACAACAUGCGAACGUCGCAAGGUAGUUCAGAUGGAUUCCCUAGUCCGAGGCGGCCUACUACUUCGAAGAGCGAAACGAAUACGGAACAGUCCCAAAGACCGUCGACCGGAGGACCUCCUUCCCCGGGCCCCCCUUCCCCCCCGGCAGGAUCAGCUCUCGGUGCCUUGAUUAACAUGGGAAGCGCCUGGGGCCGACUGGCUCGACCGUCCACAAUACCACUACAACAGCGCCCGGUUUCACCCCCUCGGAAUACUUCUGCACCUGCAGCUGGGACGGACUUGGUAGAACAAAGAGGUAAGGGAGCAAUGGCAAGCGUUGAUUUUGGCAUGAGCGGCUCAGGUCGCAGUAACUCUCGGACGAGGUCUGGUUCGCCCGGCUCCUUAACAUGGAGCCGUGGUGAUAUACCGUUCGUCGUCCCGGAUUACUCACCUGGCGGCACCCCACUCCUUGGCAACCGGAGCAAAUCUCAGCUUGAUCCGAUUACUAAAAUGCGUGACAUAGCACAACGAGCUCCAUCCCCCGGUGACCUAAGCCCGAGUACGGCCCAUCCCGCUCCAGGAGCCACCCCCGCGCCAGGAAGUACCACGACCAACCGACCCAAAUCCUACGGACCCAAUGUGGACUUUACCGAUACGGACGUACAGUUUUCGGCCCCCUCCGUGUCUACCAAGCCGUUGGAUGAUGAUUCAGGUGAUGACUCCGAUGAUGGUCUGUUUGCCAUUCCGAUGAGAGGAAGGCAACCUUCGAAGAAAGCAGUGCGCAAGCAGCCGAGCCGUAAUGAAACAAGCGUACUUGAUAGUGAUUCUGAGUCGAGUGAUAGCAAGAAGCCAAACUUGAGGGUUAAGACUUCGAGGUCUAAGAAGAGUCUUUCGGUAUCGUUUAAUUCGCCAGGUACUUCUAACACGCCUGAUCUAGAAGAUGAUGAGGGUAGCAUUCGAAGCGGGCGGGACUCCCAUCGCCGUACGCCCGCUACGCCCGGUUCGGAGCAAUGGCAAUCUGACGACAAUAAGCUCAACCGCCGAAAAUCAUUCGUCGAUCGCGGUGUCUGGGCCAAUCGUCCACCCCCUGAGGCUUUGCUCAGCAACCUUGACGCUUUCUUCCCCGAGCUUGACCUCGAUCAACCCGUACUCGACGAGAACGAACUUCCUGUAGCGUCUAUACCCGAGCACGAGGAAUUUCCUGGCGGGGUUAGUAAAGCUGGUACUUCCACGUUGGACGUAGACCCUCUUACACCUGCUGCUGGAACCGGUACUACAAAAUCAUCGGUAUAUAACGAGAGUGAUACUUUAGGCUCCGACGAAUCCACAUUAAAGGCACUCGAGCGACCUCCUUCAAUUGCUUCGGUUGCAACCCGCAAUAUGCAACGCUCCAGCGGGCUUGGCCGAAUGAAGUCUAUUCGAGAGGUGGCGCGCGGUGCCCAUGAAGCGAAUAAGCGUUAUACAACAACUUCAUCCGGCGCUGGUGCCGGAGCAUCUUCUAUGAUUCAGCGACGCAAGAGUACAAAAAUGUUUGGCGCUAACGUUGUGCAAAUCCGUCCUGAACGCGGCUCGAUGAUUGUACCACAGAUCCCUCAAGACGUCCUCCCGAAGCGGCAGACUACUUUCCGAUGGUUCAAGGGUGAACUGAUUGGUAAAGGAACGUAUGGACGUGUAUAUCUGGGUAUGAACGCGACGACUGGUGAAUUCUUGGCUGUCAAAGAGGUUGAAGUCAACCCAAAAGCUGCGGGUGGAGAUAAAAACAAGAUGAAAGAGCUACUGAAGGCCUUGGACCAGGAAAUUGACACGAUGCAGAACUUGGACCAUGUGAAUAUUGUACAAUAUCUUGGAUGCGAGAGGAAAGAAACGAGCAUCAGCAUCUUCUUGGAGUAUAUUUCUGGUGGUAGCAUUGGAUCCUGUCUGCGCAAGCACGGGAAGUUCGAGGAGCCAGUAGUGAGCUCCUUAACGCGGCAGGCACUUUCAGGUCUGGCAUAUCUACAUCGAGAAGGUAUCCUACACCGGGAUCUGAAGGCGGACAACAUUCUACUGGAUGUGGAUGGAACAUGCAAGAUUUCCGAUUUCGGAAUCAGCAAGAAGACGGACAAUAUCUACGGUAACGAUAAGACCAACUCGAUGCAAGGGUCUGUGUUCUGGAUGGCACCCGAAGUGAUCCGAUCCCAAGGUGAAGGAUAUAGUGCCAAGGUCGAUAUUUGGAGCUUGGGUUGUGUGGUACUGGAAAUGUUUGCUGGCAGAAGACCCUGGAGCAAGGAAGAGGCCGUGGGUGCGAUUUACAAGAUUGCAAAUGGCGAAAUACCGCCAAUUGCGGAUGAUGUGCGCGAAGCGAUUAGUCCCUAUGCCCUGGGAUUCAUGUUGGACUGUUUUACAGUUGAUCCCAGGGACCGGCCCACCGCAGAACGCCUUCUAAGACAACACGAAUUCUGCGAGCUCGACGCGGACUACAAUUUCUUCGACACGGAACUUUACGCCAAGAUCAGGGGCACUUUCCAGUAG